AAUCUCGUCAAGAUGCCCGUCCUUCACGAAUACACUUACAUCUUCGCCAUUGGCACAUUCUUUGCUCUUCUUGAAGCAUACAACAAUGGUGCGAACGAUGUUGCCAACGCCUGGGCUACGAGUGUGUCUUCUCGCUCGGUCUCGUACCGACAGGCCAUGUUGCUAUGUCUUGUGUUCGAAUUAACAGGCGCUCUGGCUGUCGGUGCUAGGACGGCAUCUACUAUCAAAAAUGGUAUUAUUCCUCUUGAUGCCUUCCAGGGCAACGCUCCAGUUCAACUCCUCGCCUUCACUUGUGCCGCCGCAGGUGCCUCCAUCUGGGUCAUGUGGUGCACGCGACACAACGCUCAUGUUUCGUCGACAUACUCCCUCGUCUCUUCCAUUGCUGGUGUCGGUGUCGCCACUGUUGGUGUCAAGGGUGUCCAGUGGGGUUGGAGCAACGGUUCCGGUCUUGGUGCCAUUUUCGCAGGUCUGAUUAUGGCUCCCGCCAUCUCCGCCGUCUUCGGUGCUACCAUCUUCAUGCUCGUCAAGACCACCGUCCACAUGAGAAGCAACCCUGUCCCUUGGGCUGUUUACACCUCGCCCUUCUUCUUCCUCAUCGCCGGUACUGUCUGUACCCUUUCCAUCGUCUACAAGGGCUCUCCCAAGCUCGGUCUUUCCAAGAAGCCUGCAUACUGGAUCGCCGGUGUCUCUGUCGGUUCUGGUGUCGCUCUUGCCGUCCUGGCCGCUCUCUUCUUCGUUCCCUACGUCAAUCAGCGUGUACUUCGCAAGGACUACACCCUGAAGUGGUACCACGUCUUCAUGGGUCCUCUUCUCUUCUCCCGUCAGGCUCCAGCCGAUGCCGAGUUCGCCAUGGUGCCAGACUACGCUGUCAUUCAUCACGAUGAGCAUGAAGGCAAGGCCAAGACCUCGGCUCCUCCUUCAAUCGAGAUGACCGGCAAGGGUGGUGACUCUGAAAUCACUACCGGCGAGCUUCGUCGCAGAUCUAUCCACGUCUCUGAUGGUAUUGAAAGUGCCGCCUCGUCGCCCGAAAUCACUCCUCAACGCAGAAACAGCAUCACCAACGAGAACCCCAGAGAAGCUUACGCUCGCCUACUCAAGGAAGCUCGCGAGCAGCACCACGCCGAUCUUCGUCAAGAACGUGGUCCUCUUGGUUGGGCUAUGCGUACUGUCCACGAGAACCAACUUGGUGCCGGCUCCAUCUACGAACUGCACAACAUCAAGGCUAUCUUGAAGUGUAUCCCCGCCGGUGUUGUUAUUGCUCUCAUGUACGGUAUCUACUACGACAUCCACAAGGCUCAGGUCGGAGUUCUCGGUACUCCUGAAGGUCGUCGCAUGGCUCGUGUCUACGCUCAUGCUCCCCGCUACCCCAACGAGGUCGAAUAUCUUUACUCCUUCGUGCAAGUUAUUACUGCCUGCACUGCUUCUUUCGCCCACGGUGCCAACGACGUUGGUAAUGCUGUCGGUGUUUGGGCUGCCAUGUACGCCGCCUGGUCUACUGGAUCCUCUGUCAAAGCCAAAGAGNGUAAGUUUAUGCCCUACGAUGUGUUGAAUACUUCAGAUACUAACUACGAAAAGCCUGUCCCGACUUGGCAAAUAGCAGUUAUGGCGCUUACUAUCUGUAUUGGAUUCAUCACCUACGGUUACAACAUCAUGAAGGGCUGUUGUGUUCCUGUCGGCUAUAUACAGUAUACUAACAUUUUCGCANNGUCAUGGGCAACAAAAUCACCUACCACUCUCCUUCUCGUGGAUCUUCAAUGGAACUGGGCGCUUCAAUCACCAUUCUCAUCUUCUCGCAGUACAAGCUGCCCGUUUCUACGUCAAUGUGCAUCACUGNGCGCUACCGUCGGUGUUGGGCUCUGCAAUGGUACAUUUAAGGCCGUAAACUGGAGCCGUGUCGGAUUGCUUGUGUUCUCCUGGUUCAUGACUAUUCCCGUUGCAGCAUUGAUCGGAGGCCUUAUCAUGGCCAUUACCCUCAAUGCCCCAAGUUUCUAA